CUUGAGCCGCCGCCGCACUGACAGAUAGGUCUGCGGGCUAUGGAGACCCGCGCCGGCCCACAUCCGCUGCGCCUGUUUGUCUGCCUGAUGCCGCUCUACCUCGCGCUGCUUUUGGGACCAGGAAGGCCCGGGACAGCCGAGGAAGUCAUUCUUCUGGAUUCCAAAGCCUCCCAGGCUGAGCUAGGCUGGACUGCACUGCCAAGUAAUGGGUGGGAGGAGAUCAGCGGUUUGGACGAACACGACCGUCCCAUCCGCACAUACCAGGUGUGCAACGUGCUGGAGCCCAACCAGAACAACUGGUUGCAGACUGGCUGGAUCAGCCGCGGCCGCGGGCAGCGCAUAUUCGUGGAACUGCAGUUCACACUGCGUGAUUGCAGCAGCAUCCCCGGCGCCGCGGGUACCUGCAAGGAGACUUUCAAUGUCUACUACCUGGAAACCGAGACCGACCUGGGCCGCGGGCGCCCUCGCCCAGGUGGCAGCCGGCCCCGCAAGAUCGACACGAUCGCAGCGGACGAGAGCUUCACUCAGGGCGACCUGGGCGAGCGCAAGAUGAAGCUGAACACAGAGGUGCGUGAGAUCGGUCCGCUAGGCAGGAGAGGUUUCCACCUGGCUUUUCAGGACGUGGGCGCAUGCGUGGCGCUGGUCUCAGUGCGCGUCUACUACAAGCAGUGCCGCGCUACGGUGCGGGGCCUGGCGGCCUUCCCAGCCACCGCGGCAGAGAGCGCCUUCUCCACGCUGGUGGAGGUGACCGGGACGUGCGUGGCGCACUCAGAAAGGGAGCCUGGCAGUCCCCCGCGCAUGCACUGUGGCGCGGAUGGAGAAUGGUUGGUUCCCGUGGGCCGCUGCAGCUGCAGUGCCGGAUUCCAGGAACGUGGUGACAUCUGUGAAGCCUGUCCCCCAGGCUUUUACAAGGUGUCCUCGCGGCGGCCCCUCUGCUCGCCGUGCCCAGAGCACAGCCGGGCCCUGGAAAAUGCCUCCACGUUCUGCGUGUGCCAGGACAGCUACGCUCGCUCGCCUACGGACCCGCCCUCGGCUUCUUGCACCCGGCCGCCGUCGGCGCCGCGGGACCUGCAGUACAGCCUGAGCCGCUCGCCGCUGACCCUGCGGCUGCGCUGGCUGCCGCCGGCCGACUCAGGCGGCCGCUCGGACGUCACGUACUCACUGCUGUGCCUGCGCUGUGGCCGCGAGGGCCCGGCGGGCGCGUGCGAGCCGUGCGGGCCGCGCGUGGCCUUCGUACCGCGCCAGGCAGGGCUGCGCGAGCGCGCCGCCACGCUGCUCCACCUGCGGCCCGGCGCGCGCUACACCGUGCGCGUAGCGGCGCUCAACGGCGUCUCGGGCCCCGCUGCCGCCGCGGGAGCCACCUAUGCGCAAGUCACCGUCUCCACCGGGCCCGGGGCGCCCUGGGAGGAGGAUGAGAUCCGCAGGGACCGAGUGGAACCCCAGAGUGUGUCCCUUUCGUGGCGGGAACCCAUCCCUGCUGGAGCGCCAGAGGCCAACCGCACGGAGUAUGAGAUCCGAUACUAUGAGAAGGGUCAGAGCGAGCAGACCUAUUCCACGGUGAAGACAGGGGCACCUGCAGUCACCGUCACCAACCUGAAGCCUGCUACACGCUACGUCUUUCAGAUCCGGGCCGCUUUCCCAGGGCCCUUCUGGGACACCCAGAACUUCCAUCCCAGCAUUGAAGUGCAGACCCCGGGGGAGGCUGCCUUGGGUUCCAGGGAUCAGAGCCCUGCAGUUGUUGUCACUGUGGUGACCAUCUCAGUCCUCCUCGUCCUGGGUUCCGUGAUGAGCGUGCUGGCCAUUUGGAAGAGGCCUUGCAGUUAUGGCAAAGGAGGCCGGGACGCCCACGAGGAGGAGGAGCUGUAUUUCCACUUCAAAGUUCCCACACGCCGCACAUUCGUGGACCCCCAGAGUUGUGGAGAUCCGCUACAGGCUGUACAUCUGUUUGCCAAGGAGCUGGAUGCAAAAAGCGUCACACUGGAGAAGAGCCUUGGAGCAGGGCGAUAUGGGGAGCUGUGCUGUGGCUGCCUGCAGCUCCCUGGCCGCCAGGAGCUCCCUGUGGCCAUACACACGCUGAGGGAUGGCUGCUCUGACUCACAGAAGCUCAGCUUCCUGGCAGAAGCCCUCACCCUGGGCCAAUUUGACCACAGCCAUGUAGUGCGGCUGGAGGGUGUCGUCACCCGAGGAAGCACCUUGAUGAUUGUCACCGAGUAUAUGAGCCAUGGUGCCCUGGAUGGCUUCCUCAGGCGGCACGAAGGCCAGCUGGUGGCUGGGCAGCUGAUGGGGCUGCUGCCCGGGCUGGCAUCGGCCAUGAAGUAUCUGUCAGAGAUGGGCUACGUUCACCGGGGCCUGGCGGCCCGCCGUGUACUGGUCAGCAGUGGCCUCGUCUGUAAGAUCUCUGGCUUUGGGCGGGGGCCCCGGGACCGGGCAGAGGCUGUCUACCACACCAUGGUGAGGACCCCCUUCCCCCAUGAGCCUGCCUGCCCCCGUUCCCGUCAGGUUGCACCAGAGGCCCGGUCUCCACUCCCAUUCCUCCCCUGCCGGGUCAGGGUCACGCCCAACCCUGCCCACCCCCAGUUGGGCCUGAGUAAAUGCCAGUGUGGCAUCACCCUGUGCUCAGCUUGUGUGUCUUCCCCGGACGUGCAGCUGGGAGAACGGGUCUGGGUCUGUGUCUCCGUCGGGUGGGGAACCCCGGGUGUGCCCGAGUCCCUUCCUGCCCCUGACCUGCCUCCCCUCCCACAGAGUGGCCGCAGCCCAGCGCUGUGGGCUGCUCCCGAGACGCUUCAGUUCGGCCACUUCAGCUCUGCCAGUGACGUGUGGAGCUUUGGGGUCCUCAUGUGGGAGGUGAUGGCCUUUGGGGAGCGGCCCUACUGGGACAUGUCUGGCCAAGACGUGAUCAAGGCAGUGGAGGAUGGCUUCCGGCUGCCGCCCCCCAGAAACUGCCCCUCCCCACUGCACCGACUCAUGCUUGACUGCUGGCAGAAGGACCCAGGUGAGCGGCCCAGGUUCUCCCAGAUCCACAGCAUCCUGAGCAAGAUGGUGCAGGACCCAGAACCCCCAAAGUGCGCCACGACCACCUCUCCCAGGCCCCCGACCCCCCUGGCCGACCGUGCCUUCUCUACCUUCCCCUCCUUUGGCUCUGUGGGUGCGUGGCUGGACGCCCUGGACCUGGGCCGGUACAAGGACAGCUUUGCCGCCGCUGGCUACGGGAGCCUUGAGGCCGUGGCUGCCAUGGCUGCCCAGGAGCUGAUGGGCCUGGGCAUCUCGUCAGCAGAACACCGGGAGGCCCUUCUCAGUGGGAUCAGCGCCCUGCAGGCACGAGUACUCCAGCUGCAGGGCCAGGGCGUGCAGGUGUGAGCGGCUGUUCAUCCAGGCCAGGAUCCCGGGGGGAGGCCAGACUCCGGCCCUGACACGGACCCCGGCGAGCUGCACUCCACCUGUGCGACCGUGCACACUCCCCUUCUCCACGUGGGCCCAGAGUUUGCUUAGGGACACAGUUUCCCCCCCAGCACUGCCUACUCCUUCCAUUCUUCCCGGUCUAAACCUCUUGGCUGGCUCAGUCUACCUGGAAGAAGAUUCAGAUCCUGGGGGGGACCCCUGAGAUCACAGCGGGAGGAAACUCAGGGCCUCAGAGACCAAGGUGGGCAGGAGCGGGAACAGAUGAUAAUAGCUUUAAAUCGCCUGGUUCGUGCCCUUCUGUCUUCCACACCCACUGGAGUCUGGGGCCACACUCUCCCACAGACCCUUUGGCCAGUCGGCAGCACAGGUCGCUGCAGGGCUCCAAUGAGCCCUGCAGUGACCACAGCCUCCCAGCAGCCCCUCGUAAUGGGCCCUGGAGAAGCAGGGUGCUCAUGUCCCUGUGCCUGGGCUCGGCACUGUCAGGACAGCGAUCCUGAGGCCCCGGGCAGCAGGGUGGUGCUGAGCUCAGGGGCUGGACCCUGAGGGCCCUGGACUCAGGAGCUGAUUUCUGCCUCCCCUGCCCUUGGGCUGACAGUCCAGGGGGAGGGGGAGGGUCCUGGGGAGGCCGCUCAAGGUCCUGGUGCUCCCCUGAGGUCCAACCAGGCCUCCCUUGGCAUUUCUUUUAUAAAUCCACUGGCCGGGACAUCUGGGAAGAGUGUGAGGUGAGCUGUUUUCUUCCUGGGGACCCCAAGAACUUUCCACUCUGGCCUUGGGGGAUGGUGAAGAAGAGACCUUCAGAGAGGGAACGCUCUGACAGGCUGGCCCAACCGUCACUGUGCAGAGAGGGAAAAUCAAGGCCAGUGAGGAUUCAGGGCCAGAGCUGGGGUCAGAACCCGGGUGCCCGACUUGGCUCUGAAGAGUGAGUCCCUGGGCCUACCCUGUGCUACCAGCACUCUUCCCUGAGGCAGCCCUGGGAUCCUCUGAGGUGACCCCUCUUGCACGCCCCACCCCCUGGGCCCCGCCCAGCCUUCGCGUUGCUCCUUCUCCCUCUGGCUUCUGUGGGGUGCUAGCAGACACGGUUGUGCUGAGCUGACUCCGCGUUCCUUAUCCAGGAGGGCUGUCCUGCCACGGGUGAUGUGAGGCGGGGCUCUCACAGGGUGGCAAGAGGGUGGCUGGGUCUGGAGAGGACCAUGGGGCUGAGUUUGUCCAGGCCACCCCUGGCAUAUGCCCGCUCGGGUUGGCUGUGUGUGGGUGGGGUGGGCAGGGAGGAGACCAGGGCAGUGGAAAGUGGUGUGUGAGGUGUAGAACCGGCCCUUGGAAGGCUCAGACUAGGUGCGGAGGUGAGCUCAGGAGCCGCCAAGUCCUACCAGGUGCCUUCCGGAGGCCCCAGGCCCCAGGGAGACCUCGGGGUCUGUGGGUGGGUCAGGGACAGGCAGGUGGACACUAUUCAUUUGCGUAUAUGCAGGGGUGUCUGGAGAGGCUUCCUGGCUUGAGAGGCUGCGGUGGAAAUUGAAAAGGGCCUUGAAGGGGGGAAGGGGGUGUCCUUCCUUAGGGUGGGUUGAAUUUUCCACAGGCAAGAUGGAGAACCUAGAACAGGAGGAGUUCAGGCAGAGAGGCUGGCAUGAGGAGGACCCUGCAGUCUGGGUGGCACAGUGCCCCUCUGGGGCACCUGUGGUGGGGCAACCCCACAGUGGUGCCUUUGGCCUGGCCCUGCAAGCGGCGGCUCUUCUGUCCUUGGAGCACCCCCUCCCUCAUCUCCCAUCUCCUGAGACCUGCCCCCACUCAGUGUUUUUGGGGGUACUAGGAGGACUGAGACAUUGCUUCCACCUUUGACAGGGCUGGAGGGUCCCAUGCUAGGUGCCCUCUAGGCUCUGCCCUUUGCCUCCAGAAAGCCCAGAGAGGACAUGGUGUGGGGACUGCUGUCCCAUGUUGGGUGGAGGGAGCCUCAUUCCCAUCUCUGGCUAUAUCAAUCAUUCUCUAAAGGUCAAAGUCCCCUCCUGUCCCCCAGCUGUUCUGCAGAGGGUCCCCCUGGCUGUAUUGCUAGGACUUCGGUGUCCAGGGUAGAUCUUCCCUCCCCUGAGGAGUGAGGUCCCAGAAUCCUGAGGGGUCCCAGGCCACAGCCCUGCACAGGUGCCAGCAUAAUGCAGGCUGAUGGUUCUCUGUGAGCCCUCUACAGAUCUAUUUUUAUAUGGAACUUGUUCACUGGACAGAGAGGUGGUCUGCAACCCUCUAGCACCCAUGUGAGCCCACCCAGAAGGGAAGGGGCCAGUCAGGGAGGUGGUUCCUUUGACUAAUCCUGGAGAUGUUUUUAUAUUUCUUGGGUUGUAUAUGCAAGACAAAAUAAUAAAAACUUGU